AUGUCGCUAAAGGAUAAGAAGUUUCUGUCCAUACAACCUCCCCGACGAAGUUUCACAAACGGGGGGGUGGUUCCUCGAAAUAAUUUGACGUCUCCUACCAAGAUUACACCUGAAGAUCCUCGAAAACUGAAAGACGUACCAAUAGACGAACUCAAUCACAAGGAAUCGUCGGCAUUGUUUGCGAAAUCGCAAGCUCUCAAUCGCCAAGUGGAAGCCUCCAAUCGGGAUGUGCAAAUUCGUGAGCAAUUCAAAAAGGAGAAACCAAUCAAAUCCCGAGUUCAUAAUGGUAUUGCAACGAAAGCUAAGUCUUCCAGCAAACGUGCGAACCGCAACGCCAAAGAGCAGGCUCUUCCGGCGAUUCACGAUAUGUCUGGUUUAGAGGUUGACAGACUGGCCAUCGAGUCUUUGUACGCCUAUGAGAUGAAAUCGCUACAGUACAAAGGUCAGAUGAUAAAGUCGACUUUCAUAAAACAUUGGUUUGUUAUCUCAAAGACAGCACCUAUAUUAUAUUUUGCUACUAUGGAUAGGGCGAUCUCUCCAUAUAUAUUCCACCGUGAGCGUGAUGUUGCUCAAAUCCUCUUCGGUGAGAAUGAAGUGAUAAUCGUAUUAAAAGAUCGUGAGGAGGAAGACAAGUAUGUGCUUUUAACUCACAAUCUGAACGACACACAUAUGAGAGAAGCUUUCAAAAACCUGAGUACUUGGGCAAGCGUUGCUGACACCGAAAAUAUCGUUUUAAAAGAUACUAUCGAUUAUCUCAAAGCGCAAUGCUCCAACGAACGCAAAAUGACUUCAGAUCAUCCGACUAGAAGAUCUGCACGCCUUGUCAUACUUGAUGAAGUUAACAGAUCAGAUUUCGUGCUCAAGAAGCAGGCACGUCAGAAACCCGCCACUUUUAAGCCCCCUUUGCUGUACUCAUUUCAAGCUAAUGAUCCCGUCAGUAUUGAUGUUGGCGAAGAUCCAGAAAAGCGUGGAAAGAAUAUCUGCGUAACCCAACAGGAUUUCAACACUUUAUACAACAACGAGUGGGUUAAUGACAUUAUUAUUGACUUCUUCGUUAGUUAUGAGAUAGCCGAAGCGCAGCGUCAAGGUAAGUUAGGUGGCGGGUCCAUCUAUUCUUUCAACUCAUACUUUUACACAAAGCUAAUCCAGAAACCUGACGGUGGCGGCUCUGCUCCCUUUUAUAACAACGUUAAGCGGUGGCUUAAGCGGAUGGAUAAGGAAUUCAUGACGUAUGAUCUGAUUGUAAUACCAAUCAACGAACUGAGUCAUUGGUAUGUUUGCGUUGUUCGUGGAUUACCUCUGCUUUUGGCCAGAGCCAAAGGAGUUGCAUUGCAGGAGUCUAACGAGAGAUCACUGUUCGAAACGCCCUCGGAAUCUCCGUUGAAUGUUGGGAAGGCAGAGGUAUUCGUACUCGAUUCUCUCAACCAACGACAUUCAACGAUACUGAUACCUCUCAAAAGACUCAUUAUUGAUUAUUGCGAGGAUGUUCACAAUGUAACUGUGCAAAAGCUGUGGAUUUACAUGAAGAAUGCGAGUGUACCGAAACAAAGCAACUUCAAUGAUUGCGGUAUACAUGUCAUAUUCAACAUCCGAGCCUGGCUUAAUAAAACAGAUGAUGUUGAAAGUUACUGGCGACUGGGGAAGCGAGGUGAGGUCGCCAAAAUUUUUGGAUAUGAGGAGCAGAAAAACAUGCGUGGUCAAUUGGUUGAUGCACUUUUGAAGUUGCAUCGUGCAGAAUACGGGGAACAGCAUGAAGUUGAUGGAGAUGAAGUUGAACAAAAUGGUGCGGAUCUGGACAUAGAGGAGAUUGUUGUUGAGGUGGCAAGAACGCCUAUCAUUUCCGUUGACGGUGAGCAGUCUUCAGAACCCACCGAUCUGAUCGAUGCAAACGAAGGGAGCAAUGCUGUUGCAGCCUCCCCCGAACUUUCAGGAAAUGUAACACCAGCCAACGAAAACUGUGGUCAACAAGAAGAAACGACAUCCCUCACGAACAAACGUACCACGGAUGAGGAUGUCAGUACAUCGACUGAGCCGCACCAAAUCGUUAAGGCCAGCGUGCAAACCCCUAUAUCAUCACAGACGUACCCUUCUGACCCUAUCGAGCCUCCCACUGAUGACCCUAAGUCUGUUCAAAUCGAAGAGAGCGAUGUUCGUUUCACGUCGCAAGAGUCGAUCGAAAUUGAUCCAAUUGACUGCUCACCAACAACUCAAUCCCAAUCACGUCAACGUGAAACGAUUAGUAUUCAACAUGUUGUUGACGUUGAUCAUGAGUCUUCACCAGAGCCUCCAGAAGUUGUUCGAGAUCUGGCCAUGGUGGAAGGGUUAUCUACAAAUCCACGAAAGCGACGUGUUUCGGCAAGUCCCAAAGAUGAUGAUGUCAUAACUGUUGCAGAAGAGUCCGCUAAUUCGCUAAAUGUUGUGCAACAUUCACAAACGAAAACUGCUUCUCAAAGCUCAACAUCAGCGCUUGAUCGGGCCGAGAUCUCUUCAACACCUGAUGACGUGGCCAAGGUAGACAAGCCAAUUGAGACAAGGUCAAGCGGAAUUGAAGAGACUCCAAAUCGAAAGGACUCCCACAGAGCUUCCCCCGAGGGUUUGCCUCGUAGAAAUCAAAUUGACUCCUUGGGUGCAUCCAACAAAUUUCCUCAAACUUCGUCGAUUGUGACUCAGCGACUUCGCCCACGCCAUCAAACGUGUAUAAUUGUGGACGAUGAUGAUGAUGAUGUUGAUAUCAAUACCGAGAGUGAUGUUGAUACACAUAGCGUGUCUGAUAUCAAUACCAGUGUUACCCAACUUGCACUUAGUCAUAAAACUGCUGAUGACGAUGAGGUCGUCGAGGUUGAGGAACCCAGGAAACGACAGAGACGAACCUAG